CAAUUCUAGUAAUUUCCGGUAAAGAAGUUAAAAGCUACACUCCCUAUCUUCUCCGGUCAUCUAUGCUGCACAAUACACCGGCCGUCUCUCGCCCUCUUCUCACGGUUACUUCAAGUCUCACCAUCGCCGUUCAGAGUGUUUAGCGGAAGAACCAGGGCUACUGGUUGAGUUGAUUCUGUGUCAUGGUUACUGCUGUUUACGUACCAAGAAUGGAUGGAUGGAUUUGUGGCUUGGAUUAGUAAGUGGAUUUGGGGAAAUAAAAGGGAGCAUAACAAGUUUGUCUUCUAUUACCUCAAUUAAUGAAAAUCGCUUCAAUGUCUCUUCUCCGGCAACGUGUGGUGCCGCUUCUAUUUUCAACUUUCAGUGCCUCGGCCUCGCGGCACACCUACUUAUCUUCCCCAUUUGCCAUUGUCUUGGCAGCUCGCCACAACCACCAAGGCUCUAAGAAUGUUCCUAAGAAACUACAACAGCCAAAUAAGCACCUCCUCAAGGCUCGCGAGACUAUCAAGCAAUUCUCGCCUCUUGCUCCGGUUCUCUCCAGCGAAGAUAAAACAAAUCUCUCUCAGGACCAAGCAGUGGGAAUGGUUGCUGCUUCACAGGCUAAUUUCAUGCGCGUUAUAGUGCAAUCAUUGCCUUCGGAAGUUUAUAGUGGUUCUGGACUGGUAGAACGUUCCACUGAUGCUCCGGGAGUUGGAGUGGAACUACUAUGUGUGGUGAAGGCGGUGUUAAAGAAGAUCAAGAGGAGAGUGUUGGUUGGGGAUAAGGUUUUAGUAGGUUCGAUUGAUUGGGUGGACAGACGGGGAAUGAUAGAAAAUGUGUUUGAGAGGAAGGGCGAGAUUUUGGACCCUCCUGUGGCGAACGUGGAUCAUUUGCUAGUGUUGUUUUCAAUGGAGCAACCAAAACUUGAGCCCUUUUCUCUCACUAGGUUCCUUAUUGAGGCUGAGUCAACUGGAAUUCCUUUUACUCUUGCAUUGAACAAGUGUGAACUUGUUCCUGAAGAGACAUUGGUUGAGUGGAAAUCUAGGCUUCGUAAAUGGGGUUAUGAACCUAUCUUUUGCAGUGUGGAAUCAAAGCGUGGAAUUGAUACUUUGCUGUUCAUUAUGAGAGAACAGACCUCAGUAAUCGUUGGCCCUAGUGGUGUUGGAAAAUCUAGUCUCAUUAAUGCUAUGAGAUUCAAUAAGCGUGGUGCUGUUGGUGUUGUCGAAGGAGAUAACUGUUCAAACCUAAUUCUGGAUAGCAAAUGGUUUGAAGAACAACGUGUUGGUGAAGUGUCUACAAGAAGUGGAAGAGGGAAACACACCACUAGGAACGUUUCUUUACUUCCACUAUCUGAAGGAGGGUAUCUCGCAGAUACUCCGGGAUUCUGCCAUCCUAGUUUGAUGAAAGUGACAAAGCAAUCUCUUGCAGAACAUUUUCCUGAGAUCCAAAAAAUGCUUAAAGAAAAAGAACCAGCAAAGUGUUCUUUCAGCAACUGCUUACAUCUUGGUGAACCGGGGUGCCUUGUUGGAGGAGACUGGGAAAGAUACCCGUACUACCUUCAGUUGCUUGAUGAAAUCAAAAUCAGAGAGGAGUUUCAGCUUAGGGUACUGGGGACUAAACGAGAAAGUGAUGUGAGGUAUAAAGUAGGAGACAAAGGCGUUAUACAAGCUGAACCGCGCUUAGAACCAAAGAAGCACAGGAGACAAUCUCGUAAGAUGCUGAACCAAUCAGUCUUAGAUGAGUUGGAUGAACUUGAUGAUGAUGAUGAAGACAUACUGGAUGAUGACAACCCAGUAUUGAGAGCAAUGAAGCAAGAAAACUUGUAGGAUGAAAUUCGAUCAUAUGGUUGGGAUUUCUAUGGACGACAGCAAAUCAACCAUUGUUAAUAUGGCUAGAGUGUAAAGAGAGGUAAAUGUAAAUUCUGCUUCGAGCUGAAUAGUUAAGGUGAGUUGAAGCUAUGAUGAUCUUUUUGGUUGGUUAUGGCUUCAGCUGUGUACAUAGCAUGGAUAUUAACCAAUAAAUGAGCUUUGUACUGUUAAUGCAUACACACAUCUCACACAA